AUGAGUAACCACGAAGAAACAGUAAAAUCCGCACUUUACAUGUGCUUAAAAGUCAUAAAAAUGUACGAAUGGUUGUUGAACCUCUAUGUUUUGGAUUUCUUUGUCGAUAAUCAUUGGGCGAAACUACCAACAACCUGGCAGCAAUGUUUUAGAGAAAUGGAUCCAAAAGACUUGGGUGACAUUAUUUCUGGAAAAACGAAUAAAAAUGUAUUGCCUCUUUCUUUCUUAGCGUUGUUAAAAGCAGUUAGUAGUUUAAGCAUACCACGAAAAGGUUCUUACACGAGUAUAACGAAUGAUAAUCUGAAAGGCACUAUAAGUCACGCAAAAUUGAAUAAUUUGUAUUUGAAACAUGUAAAAUUAAAAAAAAGGCAUGAAAUUAGUUUAAUGUCUGAUUUUGUAUAUAGUACUGCUGUUAAAAGCAACUGUAAUGCAGUGAUGGACUUUGGAUCAGGUCUAGGACAUUUAGUUAGGAUACUAAAUUAUAAAUAUGACCUAACCACUGUUGGUAUUGAAAUGCAGACAAAACUGUCUGAAGAAGCUAGAAAACUUGAUUUGGAAUUAGAAUACACUGCGAAGAAACAUCUGACAGAGGAAUGUAUGUCCAAACUUCAGAGACCCACACAUUGUAAUGUCACAUUGACUUCCUUAGACCAAUUACAAGAAAUCGAGUUACCUGAUACUAUUAAUCACUAUGGCUUAAUUGGUCUGCAUCCGUGUGGAGAUUUAGGUCCGUUACUGAUAAAACACUUUGUUAACAGUCAUAAAGUGAAGUUUAUAUGUGUUGUUGGCUGUUGCUACAUGAAGUUAUCCUGCAAUAACGACAAUUGCGGGUAUCCAAUGAGUAAAUAUGUGAAACAAUUAGACAACUCACUUACCUAUGUCAGUAGAGAAAUAGCUUGUCACGCUAUAGAGUUAUACACACAGAAGUUGUGCAAAGGAGAUUAUAAAGACUUGAAGGUACAUGCAUACAGAGCUGCUUUAGAAAAAUUAUUAGUGGAGGUAGAUCCUAAAUUAAAACAUAUGCCAAUUAGAAGUGUGAAACACACCAAUGAUUUGUCAUUUGAAAGCUAUUGUGAAGCUGCUCAGCAGAAAUUGCAUGUAAAUUCUUUACUGAGUAAAAGUGUGGAGCACGAGUUAAAUCAGUGGAAGCGAGUAGUUGUGAUGUACACGCUACGUCUUAUGAUGGCACCACUUGUUGAAACUGUCAUAUUACUCGACAGACUCUUGUUUAUCUUAGAACAUGGUACAUUCUGUGCAAUAUAUCCUGUGUUCGAUCCGAAGAUAUCUCCCCGAAAUCACAUAAUUGUUGGCAUAAAACCUUAACAUACAAUUUUAAUAAAUAUUAUACAUU